AUGCGUUACCAGACCUCUAUCCUGGCGCUUGCCGCUGUCUUCUCUUCCGUUCAGGCUCAUGGAACCAUCGAGUCGGCCAUUGGCGAGUCUGGUGAGAGCAAGGGAUUCAAGGUCGACGACAGUCUUGCUCGCAACUGCACAGGCAUCAGCCCUUGUCAGCAAGAUACGACCAUCAUCAGGGACAGCGAGAUCCAGCAAAACAUUGUGAACUCUUGCGGCCGAACAGAGAUUGACGGUAACAUCGAUGUCGGAGGUGAAACCGAGAAGGCUAUCGCAGCCAACGCGGUGACCACAGUCCAGCAGGGUUCACAGCUUGCUGUCACCAUCCACCAGGUCAACGCCGAUGGCGCGGGCCCUUACGAAUGCGACCUUGACGAGACCAGCAACGCAGCAACCAACUUCGUCAAGCUCCAGGUUUCCAACAACGUUCCAGGCGCAAACGGCCUCUCGCAGGCUGAAGCCCAAGAUUUCACCAUCAACGUGCAGAUGCCUGAAAACUUCAACUGCGUCGGUGCUUCUACGGGAGAUAUCUGCACUGUUCGAUGCCGCAACACUGCCGUCGCCGGUCCUUUUGGCGGUUGCUUCCCUGUCCAGCAGACUGACGGCACGGGCCGUGAAAACAAUGCUACGGCUGAUUCCAUCACCACUGCUCAGACCCUAGAUGGCAUCAAUAAGCAGAUUGCCCAGAACAAGAAGGAUCUUCCUGCAGCAAUAGCAGCUAUCGCAGCGGCUGGCGCAGUGGGAGGAAACGCGGAUGCUAGCCGUGUUUCCGCUCUUGUACCUGCGGCGAGCCAAACUGCUGCAGCAGGCGGCAACUCUGGAAACACCGCAACGGGUAACACUGGUAACGCAAACACAGGCAAUGCAAACUCGGGUAAUGCCGCAACGGGUAAUACUGGUGCCCAGAAUGGGCAGAACACAAACGCGAACGGCAAAGGCAACAAGAAUAAUGGCAAUGCUGCCAACGCCAACGCAGGUAAUAACGCGAACGCAGCCACUGGAAAUACUGCGGCGAAUGGUCAAACUGCAGCGAAUGGUCAAACUGCAGCGAAUGGUCAGAACGGUGGCGCUGCUCAGCAACAGCAGGGAAACAACAGGGGUGGCCGCAACAGGAAUAACAAGCGUGACAACAAGCGUGAAAAGAGCCGCAAGUUUCUCGCUCGCUUCAUCAACCCAAACGCCAUGGCUUAG